AGGCAGCAGUGUUGCUAAAUGCUGAGAGCGGGCGACAUAUGAAGAGGAAUUAAAAAAAUUUUAAAGCUUAGACGUUUGAAUAUUUUUUUAUAACUGCUUGUGAAUUACUCCACAAUAUGUCGCAACAAAGGACGAUCAUAAAUGAGAUGGAGGUUGUUCAGGAAGCGUUAGAAGCCUCGCUACAUAAGGUUGAGCUGAUUGAGAAAAAAUUGAGGACAAAAUUGCUAACUAUUGAAAAUCGGAACAGACUAGAAAGAGAAUUAGAGGAAGUUAAGGAUGUACUCGAUCGCAAUGAGAAAGCACUAAAGGACCUGCGGCAUGAAAAUACACGGUCUUUCAUGAUCGCAGCGAGCUUUGUGUUCGCUUGUUUCUUGCUUUUUGGUCUGUAUUCAAUGAUAUACGGAGGCAUAUAAAAAAUAUUCAAGAAGCUCUGGCCAUUUCACCAAGACUGAGUUGGAAGUGAAAUUUUGUUAUCAACAUAAUUUAAAAGGAGAGAAGUGAAGUGAUGCUGCUAUAAGACAUUGUCGUAUCUGUUACAAAAAACAGUAUUAAGAAAAGGGAACUUUGAUACGUUUUUAUAAUUUUAUUAUUCCAUAUUUUUUAAGUUUUAUGUGGGGACCGACAGGGUCAUUCGUUGCUGAACACGAGACCCCAGUGAGAGAAAGCUGCUUUCGCAGGUGCCAGGUGGAAUGGCAGUGUCAGUCGCACUAGUAUUCAGUAACAAAUGAAUGACCCUGUUUGUAAUUUCAUACUGAAUAAUGUAAAAUAAACAAUUGCAAGUUAAUGUAGUAUAUUGUACAAAAGUUCGUAUUUAUUUUAAUGGGGGGAAAACGGAACAAUGAUCAAUUCUGGAUCCGUACAGAAAACGUAAGCUCAACUUUGCCCAUAUGAUCACAGAGUUCGUAAUAAAAUGAAUAUUUGUA